AUGCCUGAGAGGAGACCAGCCUGGCUGCGGCAGCACCGCCGACGGAGAGACCUCCCCUCGGCGCCGCCCAGUUCUUCAAUCGAUUGGCGGCGGCGGCUGCUAGCUCUGCCGCAGCCGUCGCUGCUACCCCUCACUCCAUCCCUCCGCGUUCCUCGGCUUUCCGAACCGUGGCCGCCGUUCUUCUUCUUCGCCACUUGUACAGGACGUCUUCUAAAUUUUCAGACAGAUACCUUCCUUGAAUGGCAAUUCCUUUUUCGGUCAAUAUUACCAGUUAAGAAGGUCUAAAAAGUCAUGCCGCGUGACAGGAGUCGCCGAAAUUCUCUCUAUUCCCAGCAGAUUUUUUCAGUAGAAGCAAGUUUAAGGCAGUCCGUUUUAUUGGACUUAUGGAAUAUCUACACUUAGAGCUUCUUCUUGAAGUUUUCUGAAUCUUUAGUGAUGCCAAACUUAGAGAGCAAUUUUCGUUGACUCGAAAAAGACGUUUAUCCCUAUCUUGGAUCGGUAAGUAGUCAAAAACUUGAAGAUUUUAGAAAUGAGGAUCUACUAAAAUCGUUUCUUGAGCAUUCAACAUAUAGUAGGUUUGAAAAACUCAGUCACCGCGAUAGGGUCAAGCCUCUUCCUUUUUGGCAGAGUUUAGUUCUUAAAAUUGGCCUUUUUUGGGCGGUACUUUUUCGCAACCCUAUAGAACAGCUUCAAUCCUUAGAGACAGAUUUUUUCAGUCCUAUCUUAGUGGUGAAUACAUGAUGAGUGCUAGUCUGUCAAAAAAGGACUGCGUAAGCAGAGUUGCCAGUUUUCAAGGCCCAAGAAAAUUGUAAUUCCUAAAAGAUUCUCUUCGCUGGCGCCUGUUUACAGCAAGUCUUUCCCAGUAGAUUAUCUAUUCAAAACAGUGAUCCCACGUUACCUAGCAAAAUUUUAUUAUUUCUCUACAGUUUUUCACUUCAAUAAGCUAGGAUCUAGUCGACCAUUUAGAGUGACUGUAGGAAACUUCGAAGUCAUUCAGUUUUGGUUUUGAUCUAACACAACUAGAAAGUUUGGAAGAGUUCGCAUCCCUUUUUCAAACCUAAUUACAGUACCACUCAACAGGAAGAAGUACAAAACCUUCACUUAAACAGAUUGCUUUUAGGAGAGCGGAAGCUCCUGAAGCCGUAAUCUUCUGGAGAAUAGCUAGUGCAUUCAAUAAUGAUGGACUUAUUCUGUCCACCAGAUAAUCCACGCGAAUUUGCAGACUUUUUUGCGGGGAGGAAAAAAGUUGUCCGAAAAAGUCCUGGCAGAUGGCAGAUGUUCAGGCAAGUCCGAAUGUGUCAAGCGGCGCGAGAGUUCUUCGCUUACUGCUCGGACUUUUUAAGCGUCCCUUUGGAAGACGAAGCUGCGAAAGUGUUGAUUUCUGUGAGCAGCGACGUCUCCUCGAACGCGGAAAGUGCGUCGGAGGCAACGCCGCCCCGCAGUUCCUAUUAGAACUAGUUUGGUUAGACAUUGCCGUAUCGAUGCCGAGAACCGCGUCUUCUCGCAGCCGACGCCAAUUUCGAGCGCGCCCUAACUUGGAACUUUAGAAUUUUUGAGAAAAUCGUUUUGGUUAGCUUUUUUGGAAGCCUGUUCUUCAUUUCGAAUGCGCAAAAUAAGACCUAGCGGCGCCGAAGAUUUCGGAUAACUUUAUUCUAUUAGGAUAAUAUUUUAUUUUAGAAAAGAAGGAUAUUCGUCUGGAGUAUUCUUCGGAACUUUUAAGCGACUGAAAAAACCCUAGCCCGGCUUUUUGAUCAAAUUGUACAAGGUAAAUCCUGAUCAGAAUCAAAGCUUUUCACUGGAAGAUGCAUCAGGCUCCUAAAGGCGCAUCGAGGAAUAAGUAUGAAACAUCUAGAACCACUUCUAACUGUUCAUUCCCUUUUUCAUAGCUCCAGCAAAACUCAGUAAAAAAGUCUUUCUUUGAUGUUUCUUCAAAAAAACGCCAGCUCAUCCAUUCCGCCAAUUUAUGAUCUACUGGCAAAAUGAAAAGAAGCGAAUUUUCAUAUAGGCUUUGUCGAAUUUCUAACCCCCUUCAUAUGAAUCUUUAGGUAACUCUAUUUGAACUUCCAUGUUUUAAAAAAAAAUUUGCUGUUUGCAUCUUUUGAACCUAGCCUCUGAUCUUUUGAGCGACUCAUCAAGGAUUUUCGAAAAGACAAGCUAUUACGAAUGAGUUCUUUUAUCAUGCUUCCAAGUUCUUGGCAAUACGUUCGAAGUCCGGCCGUUCUGGAGGAGUGCCAAGCCGAGCCGAAGAGGGAGUAGGUCAGUCCGGUGCGGUGGGCGGCGUCGACGGAGCCUGGUGCUUGUACGAAGGCAGAGGAGACGGUCGACGCACGCGCCGCGGCCCCUCUCCCUGCUCUGCCGCCUGCAUCCCAUGCCUAGUCGUUGUUGUUGUUAGUCGCGUACGCCGUCUUUUUGUUUCGGCUGCAACUUCCUCGCGGAAAGCUUGACCUCCUUCGCAUUUUUCUAACUCAUUCCAAUAAUCUCUCCUUUUUUCCACAGCGUCCACUUAAAUAAACGCUCGUCUCUUUCACAAAAAGCAAGUUUUGGGCCCGACUGUGCUCCUUCAAACUCUAACUUUCCAAGUUUUUUUAUUCAUUCUCUUUUUUUUUUGAAGUUUGGUUUUCAAAUAAUUUGGAUACUCAUCGAAAAUUAUGAAACUUUUUCGAGCUUCGCAUAGUAUUCCUUUUCUUGAUCUUUGUGAUGAAGAACUUCCUGAAUCCUGGUCCUGUCUACAUUCUCCUGAAGUUAGAGCUCUUCUAUAUAGUAACUAUUUACUAUCGCAGAAGUUUAUUUAUUUUUUUUACAAAAACUUCAAUGAUUUUUGACCUGGCUCUCAGCUAUCAACUUCUUUUCGCGUCAUAGUUUAAUCUUUAUUGCAUUUUUCGAGAGCUAUAGAACUUUUUGAGCAUGAAGAGGUAUCACAAACUAACAGAAACGCACGAAUGUCGACUUUCAUAUUAUUUUUUCUCGAAGUUAACUUAAAGAAAAUAGAAAUCGGUUGAUCACGCGCCGAUGCAGAAAACCUAUCACCCCGCGAUUCGCGCCUCUUUGGUUUGGACCUUGGCACUUCACUGUGCAGAUGGCGCAAAGACGAUGCUCUCAUCGUUUAUCGUCCGUUGUCUUCCCUGUGUUGGGCGUUUUCCUUUUGUUUAUACUCAUAUUACCACUUUUUUCGCCAUUUGGAGCAUCCGCGUACAGUCGCACAUGUUGCCGGCUCGCGUUUUUUUCUCCACGCGAUAAACAAAUCCUAACAAAAAAAUAAGACAACAAUACGUAAAAGAAAACCCGAGAUUUAAGAUACUUCAAUUUGUUAGAUUUUCAUUUUCAAAAGCACUUUAUAGAAUUUUGAUAAUGCGAACAGAAAAGAUUACUAAAAAACCAUCCACUACAAAACUGAAGAUCUAUAUCUCGCGCCUUGUUUUGCUUUCGUUUAUUUAGUUUUUUUUUCCACAUAAGUUGAUACGUUUCCGUCGUCUUCGAAUUAUUGACCCUGUUUUGUUUUUAAAUCCUCGUGUCUUUCAGGAUGGCUGCGGCCGUCGGUUUCGACGCUGCUGAGCAGAAAUUUGUCGUCGUUGAAGACGAAGCGAUUUUGGAUGGAUUGGAAGAAGGUUCACAAACUAUUUUCCGCAAUAUUCAUGUAAGAAUAUUAAGGUUCCACACUUGAUCACAAUGGUCAUUCACUGACGCUACUGCAAUUGUGUACUGAUGCGGACGAAGCACGCAACGCUUGCGAAGAGAAGGCAGCUACCAUGACGAAUGUACGAGGAACGUUUGAGAUCGAAAAAAAAGUUUUUCAUUUCAGAUCAAUGGUCUCGGCCUGACGCAGAUCACUUACGAUGAUGAUCCGAGCCACUCUUCUGUGGACGGCUCAAUGGAAGAGACGCAUCUGGAAACAGAGAGUGUCAACGAAGAUGGCUCUAUCGCGCAAGACACCUCUGCAGACCCCGUGUUGGACCCAAAAAGCUCUGCGCCGAACAAUGGUCUUUUGAGCCUGCUUGCCGACUUUCGUAAGUGCAUCAAAACCUCUUUGUGAAUCAAUGCCUUAUUUUCAGAACAACAAAUAGACGAUAACGCGAAAAACGUGCAAGAUAUGGUGGUGUUGAUGAUGAACGAUAUAAACACCGACAUGGAGAGAAUUCAUCAGAGACAAGCCUCGCUUCGCAACUUUUUCAUCGAACGCUUCGGAAUGGGUGGAGACGGACGCCUCGCUGAACCCUUUGCGAGUGAGUGAUUGUUCCAACGAUUCUUUUCUGUGAACUUAUAGAUAAGAUAAGAACGCCGAUGAGUUGCAACAGGAACUGUUGUUAUUGUUUUCUUCUCAAAAAAAAAAACUGGUUGCAGGCGACCUUGCCGCAAGCCGCGAAAGGUUGUUCAACGUUGGCACAACGAUGGCGGCUAGGACGAUGAAUCGCGUCGAAAGGGCCAUGACCAGUUACUUCGAUGAAGCGGAGAGAGCCUGCCGCAAAAGACAAAUGAGCUCCGUAAAUUUGGUUCGCAACUCGAAACGCUCGAGGCUCGAUGAUGACGACGACUUUGAAGAAGAUGAAGAGGCCCUUACUCGCCGCACCAAUAACAACGGUAUCGGCAGGGCAUGUGAUGGUGCGUUCAUUUCAUUACCGCACCUUUACUAAUAGAUAAAACAAUAGAACACUCCUGUGAAAUUGAUCCUUUCGUUUUUCUUAUGUUAUAUAGCAUUUUGAAAACGCACAUGAAACUGCGAACGGCUCUGUCGCUCGCUCGCUUUUCUUUUUACCUUCUAAAACUCACAAAAACUUAUCACUAUACCAACUGAUUUGAAUUUGUUAUUUCAUGAAACGAAUAAAGAAAGUUGCUCAAAUUUUUGAAAUUAAUUGUCCCUCUAUCUCCUUCUCUAACCACUUAAACUUUGAUAGAAAAAAAAAACUCACAGACGAUUUUUUCAGUGUUAACCUACCCGUACAUAUCGAAGGAGAUGGAGGAGCGGAUCCACAGAACUUCAAAUGGAAGUGCUUCGAUUUACGCCCAAAAGUUGGGCCGAGAGGUGUUCGCAGAUUCACUCGAUUUGUAUUUCAAGGUUUUUAUUUAAUUACCAAACAUUGAUUCGAAUGGAAAACUUCCAGGACCAAGAUCCGAAGCGUCGCCAGUGGCUGCACGAGGCCGUCGACUUCAGAUUCCCUUCUGAGGACAAACCGGCCCAGCUUCUCAAGUGGAAGAACUGUUCCUAUGCCAUUAACAAGAACAUGCGAAUUUCUGUGGGCCACAAGCGUUCUCCCAAUAGUUCCGAAGAGCCUCUCAGGGACAUUGAUGAAAACCAAGGUUCGAUUUUUGACCAAAUCGGCCUGAGAAACUUGAAAAUCUUCCUGAAAUGGUGGGAAUUUUUCUUUUUUCAAAAGCGGUUUUACAUUUUACUCGCUUCUUCUCACUUAUUUUCGGCGGGGGAUUGUUUCUCAACUCCUUUAUUAGUUUUGGUUUCAAAAAUUUGCGAACUUGGUUAAAAAAAAGUGUAGCCAUUCUUGAAAAACAUAUUAUUGAUUUGUUCAAUCGAAAAAAGAGAAUGUUCGAAAUUUUCCAAAAAAACGUGUUUUUUUUUCAGCUCCAACCUCGCUUGGCAUCAAGUUCAUCUAUCCGCAAGUGACUCCCGAGUACGAGAAAGAGUGUUACUCGAAGAGCAAGAAAGACCCCAACAAGUACGCGGAAAUCAUGGCGCUGCGUCUGUUCAGCGACUGCCUCGACCUGUUCUUCAAGGACCAGGUUCUCAGUCAUUUUCCGUUCUAAUGAAAAUGUCUCUUUUAGGACCAAAAACGCAAAGAUUGGCUCCGCGAAUGCGUCGACAAACGUUUCUCGCAUCCUGAUGAGGACAAGCAGAAGAAAGACCAGCGCUGGAAGAACUGCGCCGUUGCCUGCAACAGGAACCGGUGAGAGGAAGGAAAUCUGAACCGUGGAUAAACUUGGAAAUCUUCAGAACAAAGGUCAUCGGUGAUGACGGACACGAGAAGGAGUUCCCUUACUUCCCGAGAGAGUUUGAAGAAGAUUUCUUCCGAAAGAGCAACGGCAUCCCCUCGCAAUACAUCGAGUUGAUGUACAAGAAACUCUUCCCCAGCACCCAGCACAUGUAUCUCAAGGUUCGUUUUCAUGUGCAUAUUUUUUGGGUUUCUGUUUUUUCUAUGUUUUGUGAUUUCUGUAGGAAAAUGCAAUCUUUUUCUGCCUUUUUUCCGAAAUUUUGUAAAUUGAUUCUUUUUAAAAAAACCAAAAUUAAAGUGAAUUAAAUUAAUAUCGCAUUUACGGAAAUGGAAGCUCUGUGUCUACUGCAAAAAUCAUAGAAAUCGCUUUUCUUUUUUCAAAAAAGUUUUAUGAGAUGUUUCGAAUUUUUUAAUUCCAUUUUUCUUCUAAUCUCUUACCCUAAUCGACGAGUUAUUUUCUACUUUAGUGCACAAGUUCAAAAAAGCUUCAAUUCUUCUCAAGCCAAAUAUCGUUCUCAAUCUGGAUUCCAGGACCAAGAUUUGGGAAAACGCAACUGGCUUCACCAAUGCCUGGAGAAAAGAUUCCCGAGUCGAGACAAGGCCGAACACGCGGCCAAGUGGAAGUCGUGCACUAACGCCAUCGCCAAGCUUCUUCAUAACGGAGGUCAAAAUUUGGCUUUUUUUCUUUAAAGUUUGUUUUGCAAAUAAAACAAAAGUCGAACUAAAUCUAUUAUAGUGUUGAAAAUGAUCAAAAGUAUACAGAAAGAGAGAACUCUAUGAGCUUUGGUUUCGAUUUUUUUUUUCGAUUCAGCUUUUUUCUUUCACAUUAAUUAUAUAGUUGAAUCUACUUCAGUAGUUUUUUUUACUGGUCUAUGCGACUUUUUCCCAGAACUUGGCUGGACUCUGCUCAAUCGCAUUUUCCAGGAUCGUCGUCCGUUACCACGACGCCAGUAGCUCCUCCAGUACAGCCCAGCAGAAGAUCUGAACCAGCCCCCAUCAAAGAAAAGACUCCGCUCAAAGAGCUUCCAAUUGUGAAAGAGCCUCCGCCGCGUUUCGACCGUCGCAGUGCGUUGGAGCGCGUUCGCGAAACGAGCGAGGCUUCGAAGACACCGCAGACCAACGCCAGUCGGACUGGCGGCCCAAGUCUUCGCUCGGACGACAACGCCAACAAACGCGAGAGCGUUCGACUCAACAAUCAGAAAAUGAAGAAAGAGAAAGGUUCGUUAUUCUUUUUGCUUUUCAAAAUAGCUUCUGAAGUGUGGGAUUUCUGCGAACUUUUACGAACGAAAUCUCAGUUUCAGAAUCAUUCGUUUCCUAUCCUUACGUAACGGAAGAGGAGGAGAUCGAGAUCCUCGAGAAGUGCAACGAAAAUCCUCAAGUCUACGCCCGCGAGCUGGGCAAGCUCCUCUUCAAAGACACGAUCAAGUUGUACUACAAGGUUCGUUUAGAUUCUCUCAUGGAAGAGUCCAAACGUGGUCGAAAUCGAAGCGGUCCCAAAAUUCAAUCAUUUUUUGAGUUCAAAAAUUUGCUUAGGGCUGAAGAUGGCCAUCAAAAGCUUGGGAACGACGUUUUUUUGAUUUUUGAAGCCUUAAUUUUUUUAAAUAGAGUUAUUUGGCAUCAGGGUGAUUAUGAGUUGAGAAGCUAGUUAGUUGGUUAGUAAGGCUGGCUGGUAGGAAGGCUCCAAGAUGUAUGGAAAAAUGGGUUCCAAAGCAAGCCCGUCAUUUUGCAGGACCAAGAUCCAGACCGUCGCGGUUGGAUGCGCGAGAUCGUCGACUUCCGUUUCCCUUCGAAGAAUGCGAUGCUCCAGAAACAAAAGUGGAAGAAUGUGAGCGCCGCGAUCAACCGCAACAUGACCGCCGCCUUCAACGGCCGCAAGUCCACCAGCAGCACCCGAUAA